AUACUCAUGACCGGAGGAGUUAGAUCUAGCUAUGAUAAUAAUUAUACUUUACUAUAUUGCAUGUGGAAUCCUAUAAUGUCCGAAUUUACACUCCAAGGUGACCAAAGCUGCAUCUAAGCAUCUUCCUGCUGGCUCUCUCUCUCUCUCUCUAUAGUCUAUACUCUCACCGUCCCAUGGCCAGCUUAGACCCAAUGCGAUGAUGGCCACGUUCCGCAACUUCACAGCUUGCACUACCCAACACUCAAACUAAAAGCUUUUCUUAAUGUUCACGGACAAUAAGUGAGCAUUCCUUAUUGUGCAGUGAAGAUUAUGCUCUGACACUCUGCUGACCCUCAUGGAUUCCAAGGCCGUUCUCGAUUAUGCUCUGUUUCAACUCACCCCAACAAGAACUAGAUGUGAGCUGGUCGUGUUUUCUGGGGGUGCUCAUGAGAAAAUAGCUUCUGGUUUGUUCGAUCCUUUUGUUUCUCACUUGAAAUUCGCAAAAGAUGAGAUCUCCAAGGGUGGAUACUCAAUUAAGCUUCUCCCACCCACCCUCCCUGCACUUUGGUUCUCCAAAGCCACAUUUGAGAGAUUUGUGCGCUUUGUCAGCACACCGGCUAUCUUGGAGAGAUUUGGCAGCAUUGAGAAGGAGAUCAUGCAGACUGAAAGCUCAUAUGACGCUAACAAGUUAUCAAUGUCUAAUGUAACUUUCGAUGAAGGAAUCGUGUCACAAUCCAGUGGCAAUGCCAGUAGGUUAAGUGAUUCUUCAAAGCUAAAUGGUGAACUUGAAGGUUGUGAAAACAAAGAAGAGGAAAACUCAAAGAUGUCUCUACAGCGUCUGUUAGAGUCUCGAUUGGCACUGCUCCGGAAAGAGCAAGCAAUGGCUUAUGCACGUGGCCUUGUUGCUGGAUUUGAAAUUGAUAAUAUUGAUGAUCUCAUAUGCUUUGCAAAUGCAUUUGGAGCAUCCCGUUUAAGGGAAGCGUGUAUUGGUUUUAAGGAAUUAUGGAAGAAAAAGCAUGGGGAUGAUCUUUGGAUAAAGGAAGUCGCUGCCAUGCAGUCAUGCUUACCACCAGCACUCUCGUUUUCUGGAGCAUCAGGAAUUAUUCUAGCCAAUGAAGUUCCUACCCCUGAUCAGAACAAGAUUGAUAAUUCCAAGGAAAGUCUUUCUUCUAGUGAUGACACAUCAAACUCUUCCGCGUCAAACAGAAAAGAAGAUGACAAAUUGCCUCCUUCAGAUCAGGUACCAUCAUAUCCUGCAAAUGUUCAGAUGCCAAUGCCAUGGCCUUACAAUGUACCUCCAUUCAUGUACAAUCUUCAAAGUCCCAUGCAGCAAGUGCCUCCAUAUCCAGGAUACCCUUUGACUAAUAUGCAGUCCGUUCCUCCAUACCUUCUAAGAAAUAUGCAUUGGCCUUCCAACCUGGAGAAUUCUAACGUUAAUCUACCUAGGCAGUCUAAUUCUCAGAAGAAGAAGUCUUCUGCAACUAGAAAGGAGAAAUCUCUUUACAAGCAAGAAUCGGAAGAUUUAGAAGACCAGCAGACAGAGUCUAGUGACCCUGAUUCCAUGAGUGAAUCAGAUUCAGAUGGGGAGUCAGACUCAAAGCAUUCCCUGAAGGAUGAUUCAAAAAAGAAAAAGCACAGAAGAAGAUCUGGAACUGUUGUAAUUCGCAAUAUUAAUUACAUCACUCCAAAUAAGAAAAAUGGAAAUGAGGGUAAAGCCUCGGAUGAAUCAUCUAUAGAUGAUGAUGAUGUCAUUGAUGAAAAAAAUAUUAAACAGAAGGUCAAUAUUGCACUUGAAUCAUUGCAGAAGGUUCACAAGGUUGACAAACAUGCUAAUAAGAAAAACGGAGUGGCCCAAUCAAAUGGUGCUUCUGAGCCGGAGCUACGUGAAAAUAUGAGCGAUGCAUCUGAGGGAGGGAAGACAAAUGAGAACUGGGCUGCUUUCCAGAAUCUUUUAAAGAUAGAUGAGGAUACAGGCAAUGAUGCAGCAGAAAGGCUGCAGCCAAUUGAUGUUCAGGCUGAUCAAUUUGUGGCAAGAAAUUCUGAAGAUCGAAUGUCAUAUGCUGCUGAUCCGUCUCAUGACUUGGAAUUCAAAAAAGUUCCAAAGCAGAUGAAAGUCCCAAAUGACUCUUUUAUUGUAACUCAGAGAGAUGGAGGAAAUGAAGGGGGAGCUAAGUUUGAUGAUUAUGUAGACAGCCGUGCUCCAAUUGGAAAAAGUAGGGACAACAUGGGUGAGGAGAUAAUGUUUUCACAUAGGUCUGAAGAAUCUGGAAACGACAUUGGUUACUCAUUAUCUACUUGUGUUUCUAACUCUUCAGUAAACAAGUUUACAAACGCAGAAGAUUGGUUUGUUGCUGAUCAUUCAGAGAACACGAAGAGCCUGGAAACAGCAAUUUUGCCAGCAGUGUUCGAUGGUGAUCGCAUUUUAUCAUCAGUGGAUUCCCAUGCUGAAAAAAGAAACGGAAGCACUCCAGUUGAUGAUUCAUUCAUGAUACAGGGUCAAUUGGCCCAUCAUGAUCGGCCUGAUUCUCAGUGGAAGACUGACAUUAGCAUAGUGGCAGAUCUAAAUUCAGCCGGCAAGCUGGAAAAUGACGCACAUGUUUCACAAAGUAAACAUGAAUCGUUGAAGAAUCAGGAGCCAAAUGACCUUUGUGUGGUUCUCCAACGGGAUUCUGGGUUAGGCCCUGUUGAGGCCUCUUGGACAAUGGACUAUGAAAUUGACUUUUCAUACACAGAUAGAAGAUCCUCUGUUGAUGAUUUAAACAAUGAAGUGAACAAAAAUCUUCCUGGCAGUCCGAAGAAAAUUAACAAAAACAAAGUUCCAGCAACAAGGAAUUCAGCAAGAGAAGAAAAGACUAAACCUUUGCGUGGAUCCCUCGGAAGGGGCAGGCCAGAAAUCUUUUCUAGGAACAAAAAGCCAUCGACUAUAAGCAGGCCCAUCGUUCAUAAGAGCAAACUGGAACAGGAAGAAGAAACUCGGAAAAGGAUGGAGGAACUGUUGGCUGAACGCCAGAGGAGAAUAGCAGAAAGAACUGCAGCUAGUGGCCUUGCUCGAGCAACAUCAAAGAAAGACCAAGUUGAAAAUAAAAUAGCGAGGGUGUCCGCCAGAAGUGACAAGAAUAGGACUCAGUCCAUGAAGGAGACGAACAAGAUAAGUUCUGUCAGAGUCAGAGCUGCUUAGCUAAACUAUUAGUACUUCCUAUCAUUAAAUAUACUGUGUCAUCAUGUCAUUUGUGUCAAUAUGAACUAGGCGCCUAAUGUGGUCAAGUACCCGGUCGAUUUAAGUUCAGAGAUUUCAUUCAUUCUCGUGUAUUAUCAUAGAACAAUAAAGGUUAUGCUGUGAAAUAGAUGUAUACCACCAUUGUCAACCCCCAGUCUUCUGCAAUUUCAUUGUUCGCUGCAUCAAACCUUGCGUAUCUUUGUUUUUUGGGUGCAAAUAUCUGUAAAAUAAAUGCUCCAUGGUAUUUGUUUUUGUGCAAAUAAAGAACAAACCUGGUGUAUAUGUA